CUGCCGUUGCAACACAACUUUCCCUCACAAAUAUUAUAAUACGCACACCGCACCAGAUUGCCAAGUUCCAUCUCCUUCAACAAAAGCUUCCCAUCUAGCUUCGCCCCAUUGAUCACACACUCUACAUUCACAUAAUCCCUCUCAAGAAAUUCGACGGCGACCCAUUACUCUCUUACCACUUUAAAUCCAACCCAUUUCAUUACUUCCUUCAAAUUCGCCAACUUUCCCGACCGAUUGAUCAUCGCCAUGGAGAAGAUGAAGAUCAGCCGGAGUUUCUCGGCGGAGAAGCCCAGAUUGUUCGCCGGCCUCCUCGCAGCCGCCUUCGCCGCCACGCUGCUACUAAUCGCCGGUUCGUUCACUUCUCUCUCACCGAACUCCCCCUUCCUCUGUUCCACCUCUGCCGUCGGUGGAAGCGACGACGGCAAAAGCAAAGACCCGACGCCGCCGCAGAUGGAAGCAAUCCUCCACUACGCCACCUCCCGGACCGUCCCGCAGCAAUCCCUGGCGGAGAUCUCGGUCUCCGCAGCCGUCCUCCGGUCGUUGGGCCCGUGCCGGUUCCUCGUCUUUGGGCUGGGCCACGACUCGCUCAUGUGGACCGGGCUCAACCCACGCGGCACCACCCUAUUCCUUGAGGAGGACCCACGCUGGGUCCACUCCAUCCUCCGUCGUUUCCCCAAUUUGUUGCGCUCGCGCGUCGUCAGAUACCCCACGCGCCUCCAUCAGGCCGACUCGCUUCUCUCGUCCUACAAAGACGAGCCCGACUGCCUUCUCGGUGGAUCUCAUGGGCUUGCGCACCUCAAAGGUAAUGCGCGGUGUAAAUUGGCACUAAGUACAUUGCCUAGUGAGGUGUACGAGGAUGAGUGGGAUGUGAUCAUGAUAGACGCGCCGAGAGGGUACUUUCCCGAUGCACCGGGGCGGAUGGCGGCGAUAUACACAGCGGCGGUGAUGGCGCGUGGGAGGACGCACCACGGGGUGACACACGUGUUCUUGCAUGAUGUGAACAGGAGGGUGGAGAGGGUAUACGCUGAGGAGUUUCUGUGUAAAAAGUACUUGGUGAAAGCUGUGGGGAGGCUUUGGCAUUUUGAGAUACCUUCUUUUGUUGGCAAUGGAAACUUCACUAGUUUUUGUUAGUUAGAGAGGAAGUUGGGGGGAAUGGAUGAGUUAUUUAAUUUGAAUGUGAAGUUUGUUGGUCUAUUGAGAGAAGAAACAACAAUGUAGUACUUUGUAUAGAAAGUCUUCCUCUUAAACUCACUUUUUGUUUAUGAUUGUUCUAUACAAGCACAUUUACUACAUGAGAAGAAUAGCAAUAACAUUGGUUGAGCUCUUACCUACCAUUUCUUAAGAGUAAUAUGUGUUUCAGAACCAAAACUACGAUGAUUAUUCUAUUGCCGUAUAAUAUUGGGUGGUCGCAAUCUUAAAUGACCAUGUCACCAUUUUGAUGAUUUGAGUAUUGUUCAAUACAUAUCACGCAUUUGGAUGACAUUGGUUUGAUCAAGUAUGACCUUUUGUAUGUCAUUUACAGACAAUGUUACAAAAUAUGACAUAUUAAAUUCUAUUUCCGUAU